AUGUCACAAUUCACCAUUCCACGGCUUUACGAAAUAGCUGGCAGACAAGCAAUCGUGACAGGAGGCGGAUCGGGGCUGGGGCAAAUGAUCUGUCAGGGAUUGGUAGCCAAUAACGUUGACGUUGCGGUGGUUGAUCUAUUUCAAGAGCGUCUGGACGAGACCAUUCACAAGUGUGAAAAGGUGAGAUCCGAGACGGGCUCAUCCAGCAAAGUCACAUCUUUGUGUUAUGAUAUAGGCGACGAGCUUUCCAAUAAAGAGCUGGUAAGCAUCAUCAAUGAAAACUACGAAAAUGUGGAUAUUCUUAUAAAUUGUGCUGGAAUUAGAAGGCAAAACCCAGUCACGUUUUCUCCAGGUGAAUCCCUUGAGAGGCUUCAGGAGGCCACUGGCUCCAUUGGGUGGAAAGAUUUCCGCGACACCUUUGACGUGAACGUGUUUGGAAUGUACUUUUUGACUGCUGGGCUAGUCAAAAAGCUAGGCGAGGCAGCACAGAAAGGCGAUGGCAGAGGAUGUGUCAUCUGUUUUUCAUCGCCGGCGUCUGUGCACAAUAAUCAGUUUGUUCCAGCCUAUCAACUUUCAAAAGCUUCCAUAGACCACAUGGUGAGGAUCAUGGCUGCGGAGUUUGCUGAUAAGUAUAUUAGGGUCAACGCUGUAUCUCCAGGACUUUAUGAGAGCAGAAUGACUCCUAUGGCAUCAGAUGACCCGACAUCAAAUAUCAAGUACGUGGAUCAAGUUCCAGCACGGAGAGCAGGUCUUCCAGAGGAGAUGGUGGCUCUAAUCAUAUUCAUGUGCUCGAAGGGGGGUGCUUAUCUUGACGGUCGAAACAUAAGGAUGGACGGAGGCAGAUUAUUGACAUUAAAGGGUCAUGUGUACAGUGAUGAGUGA